GGGCUAUUACAAUCCCCUCUACUCUCUAUCCCACCCAAAUCUAGGGUUUCAAAAAAAAAAUCCCCAAUUUCAUUUCAACAAAAUUCUCUCAAAUCUCUGAAUCAAACCAUUCUUCUUACUAUCAAAUGGCUGCUGCAAUAUAUAGUCUUUUCAUUAUCAACAAAUCUGGAGGUCUCAUUUUCUAUAAGGAUUAUGGAUCAGCAGGAAGAAUGGAUACUAAUGAUAGUUUAAGAUUAGCAAGUUUAUGGCAUUCAAUGCAUGCAAUCUCACAACAAUUAUCACCAGUGUUAGGUUGUCAAGGAAUUGAACUACUGGAAGCUGAUACUUUUGAUCUUCAUUGUUUUCAAUCACUUACAGGGACAAAAUUCUUCGUCGUAUGUGAACCAGGGACACAACACAUGGACACUCUAUUGAAGAUCAUUUAUGAACUGUACACAGACUACGUUUUGAAAAAUCCUUUUUACGAGAUGGAGAUGCCAAUCAGGUGUGAACUCUUUGAUAUUAACCUCAUACAGGGCAUCCAGAAAGAUCGUGUUGCUUUGCUUGGUCGAUGAAUAAACCUUGUCUAAUUUGCAAGUCACGGUCAUAGUAACUGAGUUGUACUUCGGUGAAAUUUGUUUGUUUAUAAAUUUACAGAGUUGGAUAUAUGAAAGUUUGUCUGAACAAUUUUUCAAAUUCGAACUUCUGUCAGGAAUUUAAAACACCACCCAUCAAUUUUCUUUGAAUUUCAGAUUUGAUGCUUCUGUAUAUUUGUUUUUUCUCUUUGUUAAAUAUUCUUGUGUGCAGAUUCUUAAUUUAUGUCAGUAUAAUUGUAUUGGUGCAUUGGCAACUUAA